AUGGAUACCUCAUUGCCCUCCCGUAUUUCUAAUAUUGUGCUUCUAUGGUUCCUGAUAUGUUCAAUCACGCUACGCAAAGGCGCUAUGCAGUGCAAUGAAAGAGACCACCACGUUCUCCUAAACUUCAAACACACCCUUGUCGAUCCGUCAGCCAUCCUCUCCACCUGGUCCGAUGAGCCAGAUUGUUGUGAAUGGGCAGGAGUUCGGUGUGACAACACCAGCGGCAGAGUCAUCGAGCUCUGUCUCCCAUGUCCUUUACAAUCUUUUUACGGUGAUUGUGGAGAGACGAGAUCACACUAUCUCACUGGUGAACUCCACCUGUCUUUGCUUGAUCAGCUUGAGUUUCUUAAUUACUUGGAUUUGAGCAAUCAUGACUUCCGUGCUAUCGUCCAAAAUGAUCAUGUGGACAUCACAAAGUCUAACAACCUAUCUCUGGUUGAACGCCAAAUUUCUUCCAAUCUUCAUUAUCUCAAUUUAUCCAAUAAUGAAGAUCUUCACUUUGAUAGUCUUCAUUGGCUUUCUCGUAGGAGUAUUAAUCUUCAAGGAAAACUUGACUGGCUUCAAUUAGCAACUCUACUUUCUUCCCUCACAGAGCUAUAUUUGGAAAGCUGUCAGCUUAGAAACAUAAAUCCAUCUCUCCAGUUUAUCAAUUUUACUUGGCUUGAGGUUCUUAUCCUCACUAGUAAUGAAUUUAGCUCGGACUUCUUUCCCAACUGGUUGUUCAAUCUUAGUGGUGUCACUGUUCUCAACCAACGCUCAGAUUAUUUCGGAGGGGGGGUUCCCAGAGGGUUUAUUGAACCUCCGGAAAACACAAGAAUUGUCUGUGGGGACAAUAGACUCAGUGGGCCAAUUCUCGACUGGUUAGGACAACUUCAACAUUCACAACUUCUCGAUCUUAGUGAAAAUUUCUAUUCUGGCCCCGUUCCCUCAACUUUGGGAAAUCCCUCAUCGUUGAAAACCUUUAUUGUCAGGUCUAACCACUUCGGUGGUGCUCUUCCUACAAAUCUUGGACAACUCUUGAAUUUGGAGGAACUAGAUUUUAGUUAUAAUAACUUGGCGGGGCAUGUGUCAGAAAGAAAUUUCGACACACUCUCGAAUCUGAAGUUGCUUUUCAUGGGAUCACCAGGCUUGAUCUUUGACUUUAAUCCUCUUUGGGUUCCUUCUUUCCAACUUGAAACUAUUCACUUGGAACACAGGAGGGGUCCUAAACUUCCUGCAUGGAUAUACACUCAAACACGUCUAAGCAGCUUAGGAAUUAAAUAG